GAUCAAGUCGGGAUCAGUGCGUGGUGACGACCGCCCUCCGCGGAAGAAAGAUGGCUUUUCUAGCGGCGGCGGCGGCGACGGCGGUACUUCUCCUCUGUUCGUCGGUACUGCAGCCAGCGGCAGUCGUCGUCUCGGCGUCGUCUUCGUCGUCUGCCAUCGCCAACCGAACUGAUCCGAUUGCUGAGGUCGUCCGUACACGGCGGAGCAGCACUAUCGAUACGUGGAACAGCGGCCGCCGUUUGGCUCGUUUGGCUAUGGCGGCGUCGAGGAGAAGGCUGCUGCAGGCAGCCACGUCAUCGUAUCCGACUCCUCCUUCCGUCAUCCCGACAAGCUCUGACGGGCACUGCGCGCCGCCGGCAGCCACGUCGACGCUGUCCGACUUCGUCUGCAUGUCCGACCUCGGGGGGGGGGCUUCCUUCCACUGGAGCCUGACAAGCGCCAAUCGGGAUCCCAACCAGACGGUCAGAAUCGCCUUCCAGGUACAGAAACCCGUCUUCUGGAUGUCCGUCGGAUGGUCGCCCAACGGCCAGAUGGCGGGAGACUGUGUGAUCUACUCCUCCUCCUCCUCGGACAGGAAUGCACCUGGUCCAUAUCGCAUCCUCGCAAAAUCGAAGGACGGGAUUGUGCCGAGCGACAAGUUUCAGGUUCUAGACUCGUCGGUAGACGCGGGAGAUUCGGAGACGACGCUGAGGUUUGGUCGUCGGUUCAGCGAUGGCGCCAUCAGGCUUGCCCAUACCGGUCCCAAUCGCAUGAUUUGGGCCCAUUCGGUCCCUUCCACUGCCUCGUCCUUCUCGUUCCACGGCCCGUACGCUGGCAGUUUCGUCGUUGACUUUUCUAGCGGUUCCGUCAACGACCUCGCCCCCGCAAGUCGCGCGAUCGAAUCCUCUAGAUACCUUUAUUUUGCCCAUGCCUGGGCGAUGUGGAUGGCGUUCGGGGUCACCUUUCCCAUCGGUAUGUUCAUUGCUCGAUAUGGCAAGACGUCGAUUGGCGACUGGUUCAACUUCCACGUGGGGUGCCAGACGGCGUCGGUGCUGCUGUCCACCAUAGCCGCCGUCAUCUCUCUCGUCGCCUUCGAUGCGUUGGACACAGUGCACGGACGGCUCGGAUUGGCCGUUAUGAUCAUGAGCUGGUUUCAGCCGUUGAUGGCGAUGGCGCGGCCGCACAAAGGCGUUCGACUUCGUCUUCCUUGGUACGUACAGCAUUGGCUCUUCGGCACGGGAGCCGUCGUCCUGGGCAUCCUCAACGUCUUCUUCGGCAUCGACGCCUUCGCUGCCAGGAUGGACGACACGUGGACUUCUAGAAUGGCGUCUCUGAAGAUUGCCUUCUCCGUCGAGGUUGCCUUCCUCUUCUUCCUCUACCUCUGCUUGAACGACUGGCGAUACAUUCUUUCGCAGAGAGCAGGUGCUUCUCCACCACCUACUUCUCCCAAGCCUCGCCCAAGGUUGGGAUUGGGAGUGGGGGAACAGCCGGCUGGUACUUGGGAUGACGUUGAGUAUCCCGAGUAGUGGUUGACACCGAGCCAAGAGAAGUGAGAGAAGAGCAAUGAAGAAUGAAGAAGUCCUUGGGGA